AUGGCGAAAUUCAUCAUUUUCAGCUGCAAUUUCCCCUUGAUUUUCCUCCUGUCUUCGUUCUAUUUCCUGACCCUACAACCCAUUUCCUCUUCAUCACUCAAAUCCCUAAACAACAACCCCAACUUUGAUUCCGAAAUUGCUCUCUUCGGCGACGCCGAGCCCGUAGACGCUGGCUCCUAUGUCAACAUUACCCGGCCAUCGGUCUCAAGCUCCGGUCUUCUACUUCGCCAGAAGCCCUUCAAAUUUCUCGAUGCCAAUCUCAGCAGCCCGACGUCGUUUUCCACGGAAUUCACCUUCUCGAUGACGCCUGGCAGUGGCGACGGCCUUUUACUGGUUUUGGCUCCCAAAGAUUUUGGGUCCACAUUCUCGGGUAAGGGCCCGUUUGGGCUUAACGGUGAGAAUCGAUUUCUGGGUAUUGAAUUUGACACCGAAAUGAAUGGAAAUGUAAACGAUUUAAAUGCCAAUCAUAUAGGGGUCGAUGUGGGUAGCUUUGUAUCUCUCACUGUUGGUAAUGUUUCUUCAUUGAAUUUAGAGCUUAACAGUGGAGAAAAGUUGAAAUCUUGGAUUGAUUAUGUUGCUAGUUCGAAAAGAUUGGAAAUUAGGCUAAGUAAAUUGGGUGAACCAAGGCCUUACAAUCCGAUUACGGCAUACGGAAUUGAUUUGUUGGGAAUGUGGAAAAAUGAGGAUGUGUAUGUAGGUAUUAGCUCUUCGAAUUCAAAUGGCAAUUCGUCGCAGAUUAGCAGUGUGUAUUCAUGGUCAUUUAGGCUAAGAAACAUUCCAAAUUCAAUGCAUUCUCUUCCAGUGAAUCCAAGGGGAUAUUUGGAUGAGCAUGGUGAGCAUUUGAGUGUGCAUAAGCGGCGUGUUUGUCCAUUGACAGUUCUUGCUGGGAUGAUUUUCGUGACUGGUUGUGGAGCGUUGGUGGCUUUUAUGGUGCUGUUUUUGUGGGCUAUUAUCAUUAGUAGGCACACGGUGUUCCCUGCUGAGUUUCCUGUGAAGCCUGUGGAUUUCAGGUAUGAGAAGAUCAAUGUAGUUGUAGAGAAGGAUGCUGAUAGUGUCAAGAAGUAG